AUGGGAAUUCAAAACAAAACGGAAAAUGUAAAGGAAGAGUUGACCAUAGGUGUAAAAGCUGUGAAAUCAGUAAACUGCUUUGUUCCUGGUCGUGUUUGCCUGAUUGGUGAACAUAGUGACUGGGCAGGAGUGCAUGCCUCACCCGAUCACCCAGAAAUAAAACCAGGCCGAUGUUUGGCUUAUGGGACACCGUAUGGAUUGUACAGCAAAGCGGAAUUGCACUUUAUGGAGUCUAUCCCAGCAACCAAUAUUCUAACAGGAGCUGAAGAAUCUCCAAUUCUGGCGGAUGAUAAUGAUGAUAAUGGUAUUGGGUUUUUUUGUAUGUCUUCUGUGCGACCAAGUGGUGAACGUUUGGAUACCUCUUUACCUUUAGAGGUUAAAUUAUUGAGAAAAUGUGCCGUGGAUGGUGGUUUUUUUGCUUAUGUGUAUGGAACUAUCGCAGUGGUUCUCGAACGAUAUGAGGAAAAAAUUAAUAAUUUUCUUAACUCCUUUCAUGGUUCUUUUAAAGGUACCGUUAAACGUGCUAUGAUCACCAUUGAGAAUAAAACAGAUCUUCCUAUUGGAAAAGGUCUUUCUAGCAGUGCGGCGGUGUGUGUUACAAUUGCCCGUUGUUUUGAUUCCCUUUUUGAUAUUGGAAUGUCAAUAAAAGAAAUAAUGGAUGUGGCUUUCUGUGGUGAAAUUCUCACAGGAGCCGAGUGUGGACGCUUAGACCAAUGUGUAGCGUAUGGUCCAAACUGUUGUAUAGAUCUACAUUUUCACGGAUCUGCUAUUGAGGUGGAUACCAUUCCACUCCCUUCUACGGCUAUAUUUUAUUUCGUAGUUGCAGACUUGGGAGCUAAAAAAGAUACGAAAAAAAUCUUACGAGAAUUGGGAAGUUGUUUUCCAAAUUCAGAACAUGAUUCUGUAAAGAGUGCUGUAAGAGAAUUCCUUGGUGAUAUUUCAUUGGAUUUGGUGGAACAGGCAUCUGCGGCUAUGCGAAGAGGUGAUGCAGAGGGACUUGGUGCAGUGUUUACAGAGUACCAGCGAUUAUUCGAUUUACAUUUAAUUCCAGCCUGUGAUGAACUGCAGGCACCGCGACUUCAUACCGUACUUAAUGAUGAACGUGUGAAAGCGUUAAGUUGUGGUGGAAAAGGCGUGGGAAGUCAAGGCGAUGGUUCUGUGCAACUGGUAUGUCGCAACGAAGCAGAACAACAACAACUUAUUCGCGUUCUUGAGGAUUACUUAAACUGCAAGGCUAUGCCUUUUUUUCUUAAAGGAAGUGAACAUCUGGAGUGUCAGCAUUUGAGUAUGAAUUAA